GGGAAACGUUUCUCGCCCUCUCUGCAGUGUCUCCGUCGAAAUAUCGAUGGUCACUUAAUUAAAAAGCGUAACUGAGUUUGUAGAAGCAAUCGUUUGUGAUUCGACGUGUUCCCUGAUGAUUAUGAGUCGCAGAGUGUGACAUGUUUCGAUAUAUGUGAUGUUGUAUCUUCGAAUGGACGAGUUAACGUUCGAGAGUGGGCGAAAGGAGACUGUAACGUAGAGUUGGUUUAUUCUUAAAAAUGGUUCGCAUAGGCCACUGCGGGAGUUGCGAUGCCAACGUAUCACAAUGCGGGUGGCGGAUACCCGAAUGUGUCAGCGCCAGCGCGGCAAGCGAAGCUCGAUGGCAAUCAAAAUCACCAUACGAUCCCCUCAAACGUAACAUCCCAUCCCCUUAUACAAAAUAGCACGCAACACAACGUUCCUUCCAACUUGUCUACAAGUAACAUUCCGUCCCAUCCAGUAUCACCGACGAUGACUACGCAUUCGAACGUCACCUCUGCUAAUAUAACCAGUCACAUGAACACCGGCUCACCACCGGUAAUCCUCACCUCGAACGUCACCAAUCCUAGCAAUCCUGCUGCGUUAUCGGCGAAUCCGAGGCACGAGGUCAAACUCAACGCUAUGCCAUGGUUCCACGGGAAGAUAUCGAGGGAAACUGCCGAACGAUUGUUGCGGCCGCGCGAGGACGGCCUGUUCCUAGUCCGGGAGUCGACGAAUUUCCCCGGCGACUAUACGCUGUGCGUGUGCUACGAGGGCCGUGUCCAACAUUACAGAGUGCAAUACACGAACAAACAAUUAACUAUCGACGAAGAAGAAUUUUUUGAAAAUCUGGCCUUGCUGGUCGAGCAUUACGAGCAGGAUGCCGAUGGAUUGUGCACGCAGCUCACCAAAUCUCUGCCUAAACAGGGCAAACAGGACUUCUGCGUGGAUCUAAAGGCGUUCAGCGAUGCUGGUUGGGUUAUACAGACCCACGAGCUUGAAUUGAGGGAGUGUAUCGGCAAAGGAGAGUUCGGUGACGUGUUGCUGGGCGUUUAUCGGGGCGAAAGGGUCGCCGUGAAAAUGCUGAAAGACAACAGCGAGGCGGCGCAGAGGUUUCUGGCCGAAGCGAGUCUCAUGACUUCGCUGAUCCACGACAAUCUGGUGAAACUGCUCGGCCUUGUUUUCAAUAAUCAACACAUGUACCUGGUUACGGAAUAUAUGAGUAAAGGAUCCCUGGUGGAUUACCUGAGAUCAAGAGGGAGACUGCACGUUUCCAAGAAGGACCAGAUCAACUUCGCGUACGACACGUGCGCAGGCAUGGCGUAUUUAGAAUCCAGACACGUAGUGCACAGAGAUCUGGCCGCGAGAAACGUUCUCGUCGCGGAGGAUAACUCUGCGAAAGUGUCGGAUUUCGGUUUGGCACGGGACGAAAAUUUUUCUCUCGAAGGAGGGAAGCUGCCCAUCAAAUGGACUGCACCAGAGGCUUUAAAGCAAAAUAAGUUUUCAAAUAAGUCUGAUAUGUGGAGUUUUGGAAUACUCUUGUGGGAGAUUUAUUCCUUUGGACGUGUACCAUAUCCACGAAUUCCACUAGCCGAUGUUGUGAAGUGUGUGGAAAAGGGAUAUAAAAUGGAGCCACCUGAUGGUUGUCCUCACGAAGUUUACGAUAUCAUGAGACAAGCAUGGGACUUACAACCUGAAAACCGACCUACUUUUUACGAUAUAAAAUUAGUGCUGGGUCAACUGAAAGCUGAGUACACCAAAGGUGUGAAUUAAAGAAAAGAAAAAAGAAAAAGAAGAAAUGCUACUUAUUAUUCCUAGAUUAAAGUAGAAAAGACACAAACGAAGGAAUUAGAAUUUUCGAGAUUUUUUUUUAAGUCAGGGUCAAAGGUAGUGGCUCUAAAUACUUUUGUUACAAAAAGCAAUUUUCUAUUGUACAUUUUUUAUUGUACAAAAGUAGAAUCUGCGUUGCUUGUAUUUAUUGUUACAUUAUUAUUAUCGCUAUUAUUAUUAUUUUUAUUUUUAAAGAUAUUUUUUUGGUUUUCAUAUUCUUUUACAAAAAUACUUUCCAUAUAAAUUAAUAUACAUCAAUCGUGCCUUUGGCCAAGUUGUAAGUCUUGAACGAAAGAAGUACAACUUGUACAUCCGAAAUUCAGGUAACACUUGAAAGGAUAUUCACAAUACAAUUCUUUUCCUUUUUCAAUUACUUUUCUUUUUAGUUCUUUCCUUUCAUUGUCGUGUUUUUUUGAGAUCGAGUAUGGCAGUCUUUAUAAAGCUGCUUAAUCUCGCGGUUUUUCGAGCAAUUUUCGUUAUUGUCAUGACUCGAGAAAUAUUUCCAGGUGUAAGAAGCGCCUUACAUUGAAUUGAAUUUAAAGAAAAUGAAACGUAAUUAUUCAUGAUAAAUACUUAUUACAAAGUAAUCGUUUGGACUUAACUUGUAUAAGGAUGGAUAUAUUGGAAUUUUUUCACUUACGUGUAACGGUAGAACAGAAAAAAGGUAACUAGAUUUUUAUCGUCGACGGUUUGUCAGAGAGAUGUUUGUAUCGUAUUAUAGUGAUUGUAGAUUACAAGUACUUGUUAGUCGUAUACGUUUUUUUUAAUCAAAGAUUUGUCAUAGGAAGUAUUAAUUUUUAACUAAAUUAUUGCAAACUAUUAUACAUGAUUAUUUAAGUUGCCCGUGAGAUAUUUGACUAUAUAUUAGUGAUGUAAAUGUAUUUGUAAAUACUUUUGUACAUAUCUGGUUAUCAGAAUGGGAAAAAUAAGAAGAAUUAAUAUUUCCAAUACACAGAUUGAUAUUGGUUAGAAGAUUUAACAAGAAUUGUCUAUAUGUUUUUGUUUUUAGUUUUUAAGAUGGUUACUUUACAUAACUAUCCGAAUGUCCAUAUUUCAAUUGCACUACCUAACGAAAUGGUAUAGAAAAAAAAAAAGAAGGAUCGGAUAAUUACAUAUUUAAAGUUAUUAAACCGUAGGCGUUUCGUGUUAUUCUAUCUUCCUUCUGUAAUAUAGGAACCACCACUUAUUUAAUACUUUCUCCAAUGGUUAUAACGGACUAAUGAUAUUUAUUCGUAGAGGAUAGGUAGUUUCAAGCGAAAUAGAAAAAGAUAUGACAAAUGUUGAAGAGAUAGUUUCUUGGUUCGCUAUGAAAACUGGAAGAUUGGUAUACAAAGUAUGUUACUUGAUAUCAGGUUUUGGAUCUAAUUUACAUAAUUUCUAUCAGAAUCAUAUACGCAGAGACUUAUUAUCCGAAAUCAAAGCCAAUGUACUCAGUUCCUCGCAUUUUUUCAUUACUUGCAAUAGUAUCCGAAAGAAGGACCGUCAUGACUGAACCGAGCUUUGUAAGAACGAUAAUAAUCUUUAACGAUAGACCGAAUCUGUUUCGCGAAAGUGCGUAUCUAGUUUGAGUCGUAGAAUAGUCGUAAUAAACAUGUAGCGUAUUUAUAAGCGUACCAGUCCGUUUAUAACUUCGAUAGCAUGUAAUAUAAUGUAUAUGGCUCUAAUCCAGUACCUAACGUUUUUUCGAUGAUACUACAUUUGUCGACCUCUAUUUGCGACUAUGAAGACAUUCAUGGAUGCAUAUUUCACAUCCAACGUAAUCCAUAUCGAAUGUCACCCCUUGCUUUGGCAUUUCCCACGUUUCUACGUUGAAUAUCGAAACCCUACAUUUUGUUAUAUCUUUUUUAAGCCGCAUCGUAUUUACAGUGUGGUGUGACAAACGUUACUUCAUAAUUAUCCUGUGUAAUUUAACAUAUAAGCGAGAUUUUGUUACAGAUCAGCAUUAAGCUUUUAUGAGUGCGACCAGUGUGUUAGAUUCGUUAAUUUUUUACUUAUGAUAAGUUUGUUAGUUUGUAAGAAAUUUAAUAUAUAUAUACAUAUUGAAUAACAAAUUAUACGAUAUUCAUGAUUCGGAUGAGUUCGCUAAAGUUUGUCCAAAAUUUAUUGAUUAUUCAAAGUUACAUCCUUGACUCUGGAUAAACUAACAAGCGAAGUAUUCUUUUUUUCUAAAGCUAUCAAAUGCUUCGAUUUUUCUUUCUUUUUUUUUUUUUAUUUUUUUAAGACAAAAUGUAAGUUCACGUGUUUCUAUAUUUAUGUCUUUAAGACGAGAAACGAAGAACAGAAUCAGCGUUAUAUUGGGAUUUGGAUACGGUGUGGGGUUUCUCUUUCUUCAAUGAUCUUGAUCAACCAAUUGAUCUUGGACAGACUAUAGUUUACAAUGCACGGAUGUAUUUGAAUCUGAAAUGUCUGAAGAACUGAAUGCCUUUGCGUUGACGUGGAUGACUGUGACAAUGCACGUGCAUGGCAGUGCACGUGAAAUGAAUUUACAUUAAGAAAGUUUUCAUUCUGGCCUCCAAAAAAAUUCGACCCGUAUGAUUUUGAGGGUGUAGAAGAGCGUUUGACCUGUAUGGCCGCGUUGUUACAAAGUAUACAUUACCGAUUUUAAAGAUUCUCAGUAGACAGUUGACCACAGUUAUAAACUGUGGUUCAUCGAUCAGAGAUAACAGCCGUUAAACGAAGCAAAUUAGCGAUUAAUAAAACGAAAGAAGGUGUACUGUA